AUGGAGGUUGCGGAGCUCUCCGAGACACAGCGCCGGCUACGGACACUGCUCGCUGGAGGUCUGGCCGGCUGCAUAGCAAAGAGUGUUAUUGCGCCGUUUGACAGGAUCAAGAUCCUUUUUCAGGCACGCAAGCCAGAGGUCGUCCCAUACGCCGGGCGCAUCUCUGGGGUCUUCCGUGUGAUGAGAAUUAUUUUUCACCGCGAUGGUCUUUUUGGACUUUACCGCGGACAUUCUGCCAUGCUCCUGCGUAUUUUUCCAUAUGCUGGGACAAACUUUCUCGCCUAUGAGCAAUUCAAGAGGUGGAUUCAUCUGCCCGAAGGCAUAGGAUAUGAUUCGCUUCAUAAACUCCUAUGUGGGUCUAUGGCCGGCGCCACAGCAGUUACUCUCACAUAUCCCUUGGAUAUGAUACGCGCGCGAUUAGCUUACCAACUAGGUCAUGAUUUUUCUACCAGUGGUAGUGCAACCUCUAAUUCUGCCGUUGUUUUAGACUCUGAUGUCGCUUCAGCGACAAGGAUCAAGCCUGAAGCUCCCAAGAACGUCUUCUGCACUUAUGGAAGUAGUAGAUCGCCAAUGGCACGGCUCUUUUUUGGGCAGUCUUUUCCGCCUGCGCUUGGUCGGGUCUGGGGACGAACUCUUUCUACGAUUUUCUUUGAUGCUGGUGGAAUUUCGCGCUUUUACCGCGGCUACUCCGCCUCGCUUUGCGGAAUUGUACCGUACGCUGGGGUCUCAUUUUGCGUUUUUGAGACCUUGAAACGGAUCUUUUCUUGUGAUAAGAAUGUUGCGAAAAAGUUCCUUGCAGGGCUAGUCGCAGGUGCCUGCGGGCAGACAGCAGCGUAUCCUUUUGACGUUGUUCGGCGUCGAAUGCAACUGGAUCGCGUUGCAUCACAUAUCCCCGUAUAUCGCUCAAUUUUCGAGGCAUUGUCCGAUAUUUAUCGGACAUCUGGCGUUCGAGGGCUGUACAUUGGUAUUUCGAUAAAUUAUAUGAAGGUCGCACCAGCAACGGCGAUCUCCUUUGUGGUAUACGAAGCUCUCGCAGAGCGACUUGGGACCCCUAGACGGCUCCAGUAG